AUGUCUGUCGUCCCAUUUGUCAAGUAUUGCACAACCGCUUCGACAGCUCAGCGCUCCUCCAAAGUGAACGAUGCUAUGGGGGGAGGGGGCGGUGGGGGGGGGACUCGGAUGAGGACUGGAAGUGAACACAAAGCACGAACUCAUAGUCUUCACCUUCCGACAGACAGACUAGGCUUGACCCCAUCGGCCAAUUGUAGUACCCAUCCACCCGUCCGUUCGUCCGGAUUUCUCUGCUUCCAACACACCAAAAACAAAGAGAUAGGAUUCAGGGUAAACGUCGACAUGCUCGGACUUCUUCUACUCCGUCCCGACAAUGGACUGCUAUUUUCACCAAGUCGACUGGUGAAUAAUCUCCCUUUUGCACGCAAUCAUCCCAACAUUUCACCUUUUGCCUACAGUUUCAGCUGCCGGUACCAUCGGCAGAUGCCACCAUCUGUGCCGUCUGUCCACAGAAGGCCAGUUUCUCGGGCCAGUCCAUUGUGCUAUCUCUUCUGCCUCGCCCGUCGAGCCUCAACUCCAUCAGAAGACGACUUGAAUGGCACAGACUCGGACCAAGGACCGAGUCGGCCGGAACAGUUCGCAGGUGAUGAGUUGCCAGAAGUGACCGCUGAGGCGAUGGAACGACCCAAUUGGGAAAACCGUGAGCACUGGCAGAUGUCACUUCCUCACCGGUUUGUAUGGGCCAGAGCUAAAUUGCCCUGA